AUGCAGGAGGCAAUUGAGCAAGCAGGGUCCGUAUUCACUGGAUGGAUCUCAACCUGCUUGUUCUGCCUCGACUCAAACGGCGAUGGUGAGCGCGCCCACCAUCAGCAAGCCAUAAAGCAAAGAGGUGCUGAGCGAGAGAUGCAAAUAUGCCACUCUCAGCCUCACCUUGUCCCUCCCAUGAAAUUGGUCGUCUACGACGACCUCCCCAGCCCAGGUCCACCAUCUCCGUCAUCAUCAUUCCCAUCUUGGAUUAUGGACGAGGGCAGGAACCUCGUCUCGCGAGCCUCUAUUCGGGCAAGCAUGUCGUUUAGACGCAGGUCAACCGCUCCACUGAGGAUUAGCGCACCAACAGACUUUAGAGUGGUAGCAGGGACAAGCUCAACUCUGCCGACUCGUGCCCUCUCAACAGCCCCAGCUCAAAGGCCGUACCGUCCCCUAGAGCUGAGUUUCCAAGACCCAGCAAACAGGCUACCUGAACUCCCCCGCUUCAGUGACUUCAACUUCGACUUCGGACUUGACAACGACCAACCACAGGCAGCAGCUAUCGCUCGGCCGCCGAAAGCAUUCUCCUUUAUGACGGAUGCUUCCUAUCAAAGUCGACCACAAACGUUCAUCUCUCAUACUCGCCAGCCGUCGUCCUCAUUCAGUGUGCCUCGAAAGCCCGUGGGGUCUGGGUCUCGUCGGUCGUCACUUGCGACUCUCGAAUUGCUCAUGGAGAGGAAGACUCCCAACCCUACGCCUACGAGGCACCCUCUCAUUCCGCACUUCUCUGUUCGCUCUUCUACUGCCUCUGUCGCCACUGGCCUGGCUACGAUCACUUUUCCAUCCCCUUCCCCUCCUAUUUGGCUGGAUUCAACUGUGGGUGUGGGAAGUCCGCCUCUAUCAAACAAUACCCCUUCCCGAGCGUUACAGUCACACGAUGCCACCGCAUCUGCAUCAACCAUCCACAAAACCCUCAAGCCGGCAACAUCACAGUCCCAGUACCUGACCCAAAGCAAAUCCCUGCCGUCCUUCCCCAUUCGCAACAAGACCUACGAACGUGUUUCAUCCCCAGUGGACACAGGUAUGGGUAUUGAUGUAGAUACUCAACACCAUCCAUUCUCAGCAACCAUGCCCAUGACGACACCUAACCUGUCCCUUCCCCCAUCCCGCUCCAGUCGUGUAACGCAAUGGCUCCUACAACAAACCACUGCGAUAUCCACGGCGCCUAAAACGCCUACCUCCGCGCCUCCCCCAACCUUCCCAUUCGCGCCCCCAUCAUCAUCCUCCCGCAAGCCAAGCUUGAGCCUAAGUUCAAGUUUAAGCGACAAGCUCUCCAUGCGUAUCCGCUCUCGUACUCUAAGCGGGUCGACUAUUGCGCCGUCCACGCCAACUGUGCCCGUGCCUGUACCUGUACCAGCCGGUGCCAAAACAACCGUGGUGUCAGAUCCGCCGUCGCCCCCCUCACGAGCAACCACAGCGACAGCACGCACGUCCACGCUCGAUUCCCGCAUUGAGAAGGAGUUUGAGAUACCCGGGCCUUACUCAUAUGCAUCCACAUACCCCUUCCCUCGACAAGCACGGUCUCAGACACAGUCAAGCACCCAGCCCCAAUUCCACCCGGCACCAACAAUCCACGAGGUGCAGCAGCAAACCAACCUGAACUUGGAUUACUAUGCCUAUGGCCACAACCAUCACCCGGAUAAUGAUCAUGAUCACCACCGACAAUCCGCUAUCGGCGUGGCCUUUUGA